UAUUAACUACUUUCACCAAAGCAAAGCAUACCCACAACACACUGUUUUUGUUUUUGUUUUUGUUUUUCUGUGUCACUGUUCUCACAUAAUCUGGUUUGGUGGUGCUAAGCACAAACAUGUCCAACUCGAGGGUAGUUGUGAACUCAAAACUAACGGUUGUGUCGAGCAGACCCGUUAGUGCUUCGGGUAAGGGUAAGGCUCAUGCGCUAUCCGCGCUUGACAGUGCCAUGGGUUCACACACAGUGCAUGUUAUAUACUACUACAAGAACGAGGAGAAGUGGUUUGAGUCGUUUGAUUUGUUGGACCCUUUGAGGGAAUCGUUGUCUGAGGUUCUGACUCUCUACCCUACUGUGACGGGUCGGUUGGGAAAAAGAGGAGUGGAUGGUGGGUGGGAAGUGAAGUGUAAUGAUGCGGGCGUUAGGGUCAUAAAAGCCAGCGUGGAUGCUACACUUGAUCAAUGGCUCAAAUCUGCCUCUGGCUCCGAAGAGAACCUUCUGGUUGCUUGGGAUCAUAUGCCUGAUGAUCCUACCACAUGGUCUCCCUUUCGAAUUCAGGUAAACAGAUUCGAAGGAGGAGGUGUUGCAAUAGGAAUAAGUUGUAGUCACAUGGUGGCAGAUCUAACUUUCUUAGCAUCAUUUUUCAAAUCAUGGACGGAAGUUCACCGCCACUUGGCCAUUACCCACCCUCCCUUCGUCGCUCCACUUCCAAAUCACGCCGAUGAUGAUGCAGAGUCUCUCCCUCGCCAUGCAAAAACACACUCUCCGAGAAACAUGGCUACAGCCACCUUCAAGUUUUCAAGUUCAAUCAUCAACCGAUGCCUCUCCAAAGUCCAUGGCACGUGCCCCAACGCCACCCCAUUUGACUUCCUCGCCGCUCUGUUUUGGAAUCGCAUCGCUCGGGUCAAACCUCCAAAAAAUCACCACCAAACACACUGUCUUUGCAUUUGCACCGACUUUAGGAAUCUCAUAAAAGCGUCCCUCCCUAUUGGGUACUUCGGAAAUGCCUUGCACUUUUCAAUGCUCUCGCAGAAAGUGGAAGACAUGCAAUUAGGAGGCAUAGUCAGUGCAGUGCAUAGCCACCUGAAAGGGCUUUCAGAGGAAGAAAUAUGGUCUACGAAUAAUGAAGGGAAUUAUUAUUGCAUGUAUGGGACUGAGUUAACUUGUGUUUGCAUGGAGCACUUGGUGUUUGAGGAAGAAAAUGAGUCGUUGCUAUAUGCUGCAAUGUUUGGGAAUAACGAGAAGCCAAUUCAAGUUUCAUGUCGCGUGGGGAAUGUGGAUUAUGGUGAAGGUUUGAUCACGGUGAUGCCUUCUGAAGAAGGAGGACUUUCGAGAACAGUGAUGGUGAUGCUUCCUGAGGAAGAACUCGCUGAACUAAGCAAAGAUGAAGCAAUAUUGGAGUUGGAGCCAGCGAUGCUUCUUGCUGGUUCUGUGGUCAGUGGUGGACCAUUGACUUAAUGCAAAAUUUAAUUUUUCGACUUCUUGUCUCUCUCUAAUGCUGCCAACCAAUACUUACACGUGGAGUACGUGAGAAUCUCAGACACUUUUUUUUUAUAUUUUUAUUCAUGUGAUUGAUUAAAAUUUGUUUAAAAUUAUCAAUUUUAUUAUA